CUGUCGUCUUCUACAGAAUGGUUGUGUUUAUCCAGGGGAAAAGGUUGGGGUUCAUUGACAGAAUAGAUCAAAAUCUCAAGAUUGGAGAGCAGGUUACAUGUGAUGUUGCUUGGAAUCAGCAUGAAGACGGUUCCUAUUAUAUCAGUGGUGCACCAGGUGGUUAUGCAGCAGUUUCUGUCUACAAAGGACCUAAACCAAUCAAAUUUGAAGAACGGCGUGAGACGAGUAAAGUGAGUGCAGAGGAGAGUCACAAGGUUCAGAUUUUCCAGCUUCUAGAGGAUCCAUCAGGAUCUGGAGCUUAUACUUCAGGAUUGGCUGUGAUCCAGAUGUCUCCAAUGAUACGGGCGGACUGUGCCUCUGCCAGUAUGGUUGGAGAGUUCUGCAGAUUCAGAAACCAGGAUUUAUACUACUGUGGAGUAAAUUUAGCAGGGGUUGAUCUAUCCUACCUGUUAAUGCCCGGAGACUGUUUCAACGGUAACCUGAAUAUGCUGGAGGUGAAAGAACAGAGAGCACAGUAUGAAGUUAAGGUUGGAUACUUCGGUAGAUUUGAACGCGUUGAAUAUCCGAUCCCGGAGCUCAGUUCUAUGCACGCCAAGAUGAAGAAGAGGUUUCUAGACUGGGAGACACUGGAGGCCGUUCUACUUAGAAAAGUACCGCCUCGUGUUGAGACUAUUCCCGCCGGAAUGGCGGUUGGAAGGCUGAAUUUUCUUGAACCUGCAGUGAGCAAAGAAACUUUAAAAACCAUGUUUUCUUUUUGCUGUAUUUGCUGGAACCUGCAGAGAGCAAAGAAACUUUAACAAACUUGUUUUCUC